AUGAUGAUGAGCUUGGCAUGGCUACUCUACAUCAUCACCACGUCCGCCGCGGCCGACGAUCAGUCGUCCCCGCCGGUCCUAGACACGGACGGGCAGCCCGUGAUGCGCGGAACAGACUACCACAUCCUACCCGCCGCCGCCGCCGCGACCGACCCAGCCGGCGGGCUGACCCUGGCCUCGCUGCCCAGCCCGAACCGCUGCCCGCUCUACGUCGCCCAGGAGCCCCCGGAAGCGGCGCCGUCCGAGGGGCUCCCGGUCCACUUCUCUCCCGUGACGGCGGGCGAGGACGUCGUCAGAGAAGCGAGGGACGUGGUUGCCACAUUCUCCGUCGCCACGACCUGCGCGAGGUCCACGUCGUGGAGGAUCGGCGUGGAGGAUGGGGAGACCGGGAGGAGGUUCGUCGCGACGGAAGGGCUGCCGUCGUACUUCAGGAUCAACGCGACGGCGACCGGCGGCGCGUACCAGAUCGCGAGCUGCGAAGGCGGGCCUAGGUGCGGAGCUGCCGGCAUUUUGAUGAGGGAAGGUGGUAGGUUCCUGGCUCUGGAUGGCCCCGCUUUUCCCUUCCGCUUCAAGAGGGUGUAG